AUGAUGGCGUAUCUGAACCCAGGACCUCAUUACCCAGCCUUGACCCUGGGAGGCCCCAGUGUGGAGCUGAUGCACCCGGCCAUGUCAUAUUCAAGUGCCCCGAGGAAGCAGCGGCGUGAGCGGACCACAUUCACGCGGAGCCAGUUGGAGGAGCUGGAGGCCUUGUUCGCCAAGACGCAGUACCCCGACGUGUAUGCCCGAGAGGAGGCAGCCCUGAAGAUCAACCUGCCAGAAUCCAGGGUGCAGGUCUGGUUCAAGAACCGCAGGGCCAAGUGCCGACAACAGAGACAGCAGCAGAAGCAGCAGCAGACCCCAGGGACACCAGCCAAGGCUCGCCCUGCCAAGAGGAAGGCGGGUGGCUCCCCCAGGCCCCCCGUGAACAUCUGUGUCGACCCCUUGGGCAUCUCGGAUUCCUACAGCCCCCCAUUGCCUGUUCCCCAGGUCUCACCCAGUGCAGCCGUGGCCACGGUGUCUAUCUGGAGUCCAGCCUCUGAGUCCCCUUUGCCGGAAACCCAGAGGGCCGGGCUAAUGGCUCCGGGGCCUUCUCUUACCCCCACACCCUACACCAUGACCUACGCCCCAGCCUCUGCCUUUUGUUCUUCUCCUUCAGCCUAUGGGUCUCCGAGCUCCUAUUUCAGUGGGCUGGAUCCUUACCUUUCUCCCAUGGUGCCCCAGCUGGGAGGCCCAGCUCUCAGCCCACUUUCUGGCCCGUCUGUGGGACCAUCCCUGGCUCAGUCACCCACAUCCCUGUCGGGCCAGAGCUACGGCUCAUACAGCCCCAUGGACAGCCUGGAAUUCAAGGACCCCACAGGCGCCUGGAAAUUCACCUACAACCCCAUGGAUCCUCUGGAUUACAAGGAUCAGAGUGCCUGGAAGUUCCAGAUCUUGUAG